UGUGUACGUUGUGCAUCUACUAAGGUACCUUAGUUUUCUUUCUCCCCUUACAUCCCACCAACAUCAUCAUCCCAACCAAGAAAACGUUUCCUCGCAGGUUUUGCCGGUGUCUUCUCGACCGUUGAUCUUGAACCCGAACCCGAACCCGAACCCGAGACCCGAGACCCUAUUGCCAACCUAACCGGCCGACCCUCCCGCCAUGGCUGCUAGGCCAUCUUUGUUCACCAGGGACCUCUCAGGCCUGUCCCAGAGCUCCGAUCCCAAUUCGAGCGUCGGCUCGCCGGCCGAACAACGCGACGAUGCAAAGCGCAACUUCCUGAAGGCCAUGCGGCCUCUUCCUACUCAACAUUAUUGGAAUGUCUAUUUCGACAAGCAGUCGAAAGACCAGAAAACAAGUGAAGAGGACUACAAGGUCGAAUUGGAACGGCUCGGCACCCAGAUCGAAUCAGUCCAGGAUUUCUGGAAGUACAACAACAACACCCCCGUUGAGCAGAUCAAGACCCGCGAGUCCAUCUACCUCUUUAAGCAGGGUUUUAGGCCCGUCUGGGAAGACCGCCGGAACAUCAACGGCGGUGCCUGGACAUUUCGAGUCCCCAAGGCCAUUGGUCGCGACGUCUGGAAUCACGUUCAGCUGCUAGCGAUCGGCGAAGAGUUGCAGAGCGUCCUCGACGAUAACGACCAGAUCUGCGGUGUCGGCUUUUCCGUCCGCUUCAACUCGCACCUCAUCUCCGUCUGGCAUCGCGAUUCGUCCAAGAAGAAAUCAACCGACGGUAUCCUGAACUGCAUCAUGGAGAAGUUGCCUGCCGAGCUGCGGCCCAAGUCCGAGAACGCCUUCUACAAGCGCCACCAAGAUCAUGCGGGGUUUAACCCGCCCCCGGAGCUCAAGGCCGUUCUAGAUUCGCAGAAGAGGGCGGAGGAAAGGGAGAAGGAAAAGGUUGCCGCAGCAGCUGCAGAGACAUAAGCCGACAGAUGGUCCCGCCUAGAAAGGACAAGCGCGCAUCUAUGCUUAAGACGGAAGAGUCCUUGGCGGGGGAGGGCGGGUUUGUUGCAUUUUCCAAGGGCGUUUGGGCAUAUUAACAUAUUAUAAACAUCUGGGUGGUCACAAGCCCUAUGUCUAGAGGAGACAUCGGGCUAGGCUGGUCUUGUCGUGAGAGCACAGGGAAUCUGAAUCUGGUUGGCAACGGAAAUGGGGGUGCACGGCCGCAAGUGGUCCUGUGCUAGGUUUCGCUCGGCCGUUGAAGGCCUGUUGCCAGCUAGCUAACUUGAUACGACACAAUUCAUUUCGUCGUUGGAUACGUUGCCUAACAAAAGAAGAAGAAAGGAAGAAAAAAAACCCCCCCCAGA